CCCCUUCAUACCUCCCUUUGCCGCUGCCUGACUUGAUCCCUCACAACCGUCCUUCAUUCCCCCUCCCCUUCCCUCCUCGCUUGGUUAGGUCUACCUUCCUUCUCAACGGUGGUUCCGGACCAGGAGCGUGUUUUCUGAUCGGAAGGCGAUGAGUGACGCACGCGCUCUGGUUUGCUGAUGCAAUGGGAACAGUUCCUGCUUGAGAGGCACUGAGGGAAGCGGCCGGUUCCGCAGACAGAAUCCUCCAGGCUGUGUUUGAAGAUUCUGGAUAAAAAGAAGCUGCAAUUCACACUUUAAAUUAUAAAAAGAAAAGAACUUUCACACUCCUGAAAAUGGCAGACCUUCAGAAUGGAGGCUUUUGCUCUCUUAAUCCACUGGAACUGUUUGAACAAGUAACUGCACAAGGAGAAAAAGUCAGAUCACUAAAAGCCGAAAAAGCACCAAAGGAUGAAAUUGAUUCAGCAGUUAAAUUUUUAUUAUCAUUAAAAUUGAGCUAUAAAACAGCAACGGGCCAAGAAUAUAAAGCAGGUUCCCCUCCGACAGAUUUCACUCCAGUCAGUAAUGGUCCAGGCGAUACAGAAGAUGAUGAUGAUGAUUUUGUAGAUCCUUGGACAGUACAGACAUCCAAUGCAAAAGGGGUGGAUUAUGAUAAGCUUAUAGUUCGAUUUGGCAGUAGCAAAAUUGAUAAAGACCUCAUCAACCGGAUAGAGAGAGUUACAGGGCACAAACCACAUCACUUCCUACGUAGAGGAAUCUUCUUCUCUCACAGAGAUAUGAACCAAAUUCUUGAUGCUUAUGAAAACAAGAAGCUGUUUUACCUUUAUACGGGCAGAGGUCCCUCGUCUGAGGCUAUGCACGUUGGCCACCUUAUCCCAUUUAUUUUCACAAAGUGGUUACAGGAAGUAUUUGAUGUUCCAUUAGUUAUACAGUUGACUGAUGAUGAGAAGUACCUGUGGAAAGAUUUGUCAAUUGAGGAGACUCACAAGUAUGCUGUUGAAAACAUCAAGGACAUUAUGGCCUGUGGAUUUGACAUUAAUAAAACCUUCAUCUUUUCUGAUCUGCAAUAUUUGGGGAUGAGCCCAGGAUUCUAUAAGAACAUUGUUAAAGUUCAAAAGCAUGUUACGUUCAACCAAGUGAAAGGAAUCUUCGGUUUUACAGACAGUGACUGCAUAGGAAAGAUCAGUUUUCCUGCCAUUCAAGCAGCUCCAUCCUUCAGCUCCUCAUUUCCACAGAUCUUCAACAACAGGAAUGACAUUCAGUGUCUGAUCCCAUGUGCAAUUGAUCAGGAUCCCUACUUCAGAAUGACAAGAGAUGUGGCCCCUCGGAUUGGCUAUCCCAAGCCGGCGCUACUACAUUCUGUCUUCUUUCCAGCCUUGCAGGGAGCACAGACGAAAAUGAGCGCAAGUGACCCCAACUCCUCUAUCUUCCUCACUGAUACGCCCAAGCAAAUAAAAACAAAGAUUAAUAAACAUGCCUUCUCUGGUGGCAAAGAUACAGUUGAGGAGCACAGGAAAUAUGGGGGUAACUGUGAUGUGGAUGUGUCUUACAUGUACCUCACCUUCUUCCUCGAAGAUGAUGACAAAUUAGAACAAAUCAAGCAGGCCUAUACAAGUGGAGCGCUGCUGACGGGAGAACUCAAGAAGGCAUUGAUUGAAACACUUCAGCCCUUGAUUGCUGCUCACCAGCAAAGGCGAAAGCAGAUCACAGAUGAAAUGGUGAAGGAAUUUUUGACUCCACGGAAGCUGGCAUUCGAUUUCUAAUUCCAGAAGUGCAUGUUAAUUUAUCAGUACACACAGAGCACAGUGGAUUGAUGUUAUCCUAGCCUCUUGUCUGUCACCUCUCCCUAGCGAGAUACAGGCUGCUUCUAACAAGUUACUUGCAAGGGUACUUUCUGUUGUCAUGGGUGACUUUGGGAAAACAUUGUAUCUGUAGUUGUAAAAACGAGCUAUUAGUUAAGGACUUGAUUUGACUGUAGUUACAGGUUAGCAGGAUAACCUGAUCACCUAGAAAAGAUUGUCAACAAGAGUACCCUAUUUCAUGAAAUGUGGUAUUUUUUAAAAAAAUGUUAAAAUUGCAUUAAUAAACAUUUCAGUGGACCGUGUUCAAUUAACCCGUUGCGCUAGUGGAAGCCAGUGCAAGGAUUUCCGCUAGCACAGCAGUACUUACCCCCUCUCCUCUCCCCCAAGCCUCCUCAAAUCUGCUCCAGAGGUCAGGAGAACCCCCUCUGCGCAGCUUGCAGGGGAAGAGGGCAUUCUUUCAGACAAGCAGAAAUGCUCGUACUGAUGGAACAAUCCUCUUAGUGCUAGGCUGAAUACAACUCAGUGUAAUGCCAGAUUCUGCUACCUUGGAAGCCAUGCUGGACAUGUUUUUACAUCUAAGUCGGAGCUCUUGUUUCAAAGACAAAACUUAACUCUUCAGUCCAGUAUUUAUGUUUAGGGUUCCUUCUUUUCUUUUCAGAUGUUUCGUUACAGUGGACUCGCUUGCAGUUUUGCCUCUUCGAAAGCUCUCUCCACUUGUUAGUCCAAUGUAGAGGGCAAGUGUGUUGAAAGGGGGCUUGGGGCCACACAUUUAACCAUGACAACAAAGUCAGGCUGUUCCUCCUGCACUCCCCAUUUUGCUGACCAGCAUAAUGUCUGCAGUGGGGAACCUUUCCUCCAAGCGUGGAGGCUCCUAGAGCAACUUCGAACUUUGAUCAUUCAGGCUGCUAAAUUGCCCCCCCCCGGGGGGGGGUUUCACCACUCCAGCAGGAGAAUAAUAUGACUUUGAUGUCAGAACUAAAUGUUGGAUUCUGAGCCCCCUUUCACAAUACUUGCCCUCUACACAUGAGUAACAUGUGAAAAGGGCUAAAGGCAUACUUGUGUUUCUAACAGCUUGAUGACUUUCAUAAAGGCGCUUAUAAAUGUGCUUCUGUCUCUGCAGUUCCAGAGCAUAGGACGGUUAAUUGAUGGAUAUUUCUGUGAAUGAUACCUAGCUAGGACUUAGCCUGUUGUACUAAAGCUUUUAUAUUGGAUAUAACCAUACUCUACACAAUUAGGCCCUAUAAACCAGUGGGAACUAAUAAUAACUAUUAUGUCUCAGGGGCAGCAAGGAAUGCUGAGAGAUUAUUACAGUCGACAGUGCAUACAAGGACAAAAUACCUUUUCCAAUAACUGCAAACUAAAAACCACCAAGCACUGUCGUGACGUCAAUGACGUGGCUCCAAGACAAAGAACAUCUUUGUUUCUGUUUUGCUGUGUUUGUAGUUGAGAUUAAGAGUUGGUUAUAUCUCUCUGUUGUCCAUAUAAUCUUUCAGCAUGAAGUAGUCCAUAGAAUAUAGUCCUCAUUGAGUAUUUCCUACAUAACAGGUUUGCAGGUUUGUGAUACAAACAGAAAUAAAGUUUCCUGUUUCCAUUUUGUUUUUAAGUAGUGAGGAUUAGAAACAGCCUGGAUCCACAAUUCAUCAAAACCAUGUGUUGGUGGAGAUUUGCAGUGUACAUUAUGUGCACCUGGCCUAUAUUACUUGCAUUGAAAGCAAACUCUGCCAGCCUGGUACUUCUCUACUUUAAGACUGAACUAGUUGGAAGAUGAUGCGCGACAAAAGAUGGAUGUGGAUAGAACUUUGUAAUUAGAGCAUUGCAACCUACCCUAUGUUGUUGUAGCAAAUCAUGUUAGGGCAUCUGGUUCAUGAGGCUUUGUCUUUUGAUUCAUUUUUGUACAAUAAUGAAACUGUUUUUUUUUUUUAAUUAAAGGGCCAAGUUACAAGGUUGACAGAGAAUCCAACCCUGCUCAGUCAUCUUGUAGAGCAGCUUAAGGGUGUUGAUAUAAAGGGAAUUGCUUGUUAGUGAUGCAUAGCAACUGUACAAACCAAAAUGCUACAUAGCAAAAACACUGCUUUUGCCAUUAUUACCUAUUAUAUAGGCUUAUAUAUUUUUGUGUGAGAGCACUUAUCUGACAUAAAAACCUCCCCUUAAUAAUUAUGCAUAGAUGCAGAUGAAUAUAAGCAUCUCGAAAUCACUUUCAAUUUGCUCAUAUAACACAUCUAAGUUUGUGGUGAGCUAUUUGUGUGGGGCAGGCACUCUGUGUAGCAUGGCUGCCUGCUCUUGCAAAUCCACCUAACCCAUAAGUUUGCAAUAGCCUGCCAGUGCAGCUGAGUCCGCCAUACACACCAUUGGAGGGCUGCCAAGAUGGUGAGGGGUUCAGACAUAGGUUUUAUUGAAGCAAAACCAUUUGUGCUGGGGGCACAAAAUUAAACCCCCCAAAAUUAGCAUAAAAUACCACACCACCAUUAUAUAGACCCAUCCCCUUCCGCACAUUCCUACCCCCACCCAGAUGUCCCCCUUCUGGAGCAGAACCACCCCCUCCAUUGCCUCCCCUUAUCUUUCUGAGCCUUGUAGGGCUCCCUGCCCUAGUGUGCCCUGAAGGGCUAGAGGUCCCCUGAACCUCUAGCAAGGGCUAGAGGGGUGUGUGUGUGUGUCUAGCAGCGUCCUAAGAGGACUGGUUGAAAGACCUGGGUAUGUUUAAACUGGAGAAGGGUGAUCAGUGUUUUAUUUAUUACUACAUUUAUAUCCCACUUUUGCGCCAAGGAGUUAAUGGUGGUGUGCUCAUUUCUCCCCCUCUCCAUUUUAUCCUCGCAACAAACCGUGUGAGGUAGGUUUGGCUGAGAGAUAGUGACUGGCCCAAGGUCACCCAGUGGGCUUCAUGGCUGAGUAGGGAUCUGAACCCUGGUCCUAGUCUGACACAGAGAGGAUGGAACAAACUUAUUCUCUUUUGCUCUAGGGGGCAGGACUCAAAACUAAUGGAAAUUGCAAGGAAGCAAAUAUUACAGGAACAUUUUUGUUUUAUUUAUUUUCUUAUAUUUAUAUCCCAUCUUUUUCUUCUGUCAUGUAAACCAAGGUGGCAUACACAAUGGCUGCCAGGCAGUCACCCAUCAAAACAAUAACCAGACCUAAAGUAAGAGCCAUUGGAGAGUGGGACAAAACAUUUAAGCAGAGGUUGGAUGGUGAUCUGUCAGGGAUGCUUUAGUUGCAAGAUUCCUUGAGCAGAGGGUUGGACUAGAUGACUUCAAACGUUCUGUGAUUCUGUUGCCUUUGGACAAACAGUGCACCACUGUCUGGGAAUCAAACUGUGAAAAAAUUUAAAGGGGUACCCAUAUAUUCUGGGUUAAUCCCCAUCAGCCCAUAGAAUGAUACUGUUGCUUGUGUGUCCAUUUUGUCCAUAUUUAAUGAGAUUCAGUGAUAGAACACCUGCUUUGCUUGCAAGAAGAUCCCAAGUUCAGUCCCUGGCAUCUCUAGUUAAAUAGCUAGGUUGCAAGUGGGGGAAAGAAUAUCUGCCUGCAGACCUCUGGCUACAGUAGACAAUGUUUGGCUAGAUGGAUUAAUAAUCUGAUCUGGAAUAAAGUAGCUCAUGAUGCCUCCAUUGUCCACCACUGAAUCACUCUCUUUCAAGGGGUGGUUCUUUUAGUUUUUGUUACUUCUUUCUCUCUGCUCCAUCUUUAAAUAAAGUCUAGACUAUUGCAUA